AUGACGACGCCCCGGAGAAAUCGGGGAGGGUACAGAGAGAUGAAUGAAAAUUGCAGCCCUCUUCGGAGCCCAUUGAGAAGAGAUAGGAUUGCAGAAUGUGGAUAUAACUCUCAUGGGCAGAAAGUCACGAAACGUUUCCACUAUAAACCUCAAGAAUUUCCUCCACUCCCAACUACGCCUGAGUGGUCAUCUCCUUCCCAGGCAAGCUCCCCAUCCAGUAACAUUCCAGGAAAGGUCUCUCUAAAUACAGAGAGAGACGAAAGUUUGAAAAAUGAUUGGGGAUACAAAGUACAAGACUUUGAAUAUAGAGCACGAAGAGAGUACAGAAAUGCUCAAAAAUAUUGUCGGAAGCUGGAGAUGGGUAGGAAAGGGAAUAAAGAAGCAAGUUUGGAAGGAGUUGAAAUGGACCCAAAUACAUUAAUGCGCAGACAGAAAGAUAUUGACUAUGGUAAAAAUACAAUUGGGUACAGCAAUUACAUCAAAUUGAUACCCAUGCAAACACGCAAGAAGGAUCACCCCAAAACCCCAAAUAAAUACCAAAAAUGUAGUCGGAGGUCAUGGGAUGGGCAAAUGAAACACUGGCGAAUCUUGCUUCAUCAGUUUGACAACAUCAAUAACACACCCAGGUGUAAUUCUGUUGCUUCUGACAAUUUGUCUGAAACUUCAAGUGUAAACAACAGUGAAGAAAUUGGAGAGGGAUAUAUUGAUUUUGGCAUUGAUGUUGAUUUGUCUCUUGACUCCCCUCCUGCAUCACCCCACAAAGAAAGAUUGGCCUCACCACUGAAAGAAUCUUCACACUACAAUGUUAAUGGACAAAUCUUCCACUGUGAUUGA